CACCUUGCACUUUACCACUUUACUACUGUGUACGAGAGAGACAACCUUACCCUAACCCAUACAGACAAGGGUACACGCCGCCUUCGAGCCUUACUUUUGGCCCCUUAGCGACAAAAUACGAUCAUCUUCUUCCCUUUCCAACUGGCAUUCGCUCAGACAAUUCCUUCUUACUUUCUACUUUCUUUAAUCCUUUCUUCUGUACCAGCAAUUGUAAUAAUUUCGGUGCUUCCAUCCUCCUCCCCUUAGCCGCAGGCUCUCCUCCGCUCAGCUCGCCAUCAUGGCGUCCAUCCUACCCUCGAAUCAGUACUUGGGGGAACAGAAAAGCCAACGACGGUCGAAAUCCCGCUCGCCGGCGAGGAGACAGAAGCAGCAGCAACAACGACAAAACAAGGUUGCAUCGUUCGCAUCUGAGGGUGUCAAGGACAAUGAUAUCUUCAAUCUGCCAGGCUCAGAUUGGCAACUCAUUGGACUAUUGACUGUGGUCGCUUGUGCAGUACGUCUGUUCAGGAUAUCGCAGCCCACCAGUGUUGUCUUCGAUGAAGUCCACUUCGGAGGAUUUGCAACCAAAUACAUCAAGGGCAAGUUCUUCAUGGAUGUUCACCCUCCAUUGGCGAAGAUGUUGAUCGCACUCACGGGCUGGUUGGCUGGAUUCGAUGGAAGCUUCGACUUCAAAGACAUUGGCAAAGACUACCUCGAGCCUGGUGUUCCAUACGUCGCAAUGCGUCUCUUUCCCGCCAUCUGCGGUGUCUUGACGAUCCCUACCAUGUUCUUGACUCUCAAGGCCUCAGGCUGCCGUACUACCACGGCCGCACUGGGAGCAUCCUUGGUCCUCUUUGACAACGCUCUCGUCACCCAGUCCCGCCUGAUUCUCCUCGAUUCCCCGCUCGUGAUCUUCACUGCCUUGACCGCAUUGGCCUGGACCAGCUUCACCAACCAACACGAACAAGGUCCCUCCAAGGCUUUCCAGCCCAUCUGGUGGUUUUGGCUCGUUGCAACUGGUCUUGGACUUGGAGCCACUUUCAGUGUAAAGUGGGUUGGUCUCUUCACAAUUGCAUGGGUCGGCAGUCUCACGAUUGUACAACUUUGGGUUUUGCUUGGAGACACCAGGACUGUCACUCCACGCAUUUGGUUCAAGCACUUCUUCGCCCGUCUGUUCUGUUUGAUCGUCAUCCCUCUCAGCUUUUACAUGGCUAUGUUCGGCAUCCACUUCCUCUGCCUCGUCAACCCAGGUGACGGUGACGGCUUCAUGUCGUCUGAAUUCCAGGCUACGCUGAACUCCAAGGGUAUGCAAGAUGUUCCUGCAGAUGUUGCUUUCGGUAGCCGUGUCUCGAUCCGCCAUCACAACACCCAAGGUGGAUAUCUCCACUCCCACAGCCACAUGUACCCGACAGGCAGCAAGCAGCAACAGAUCACCCUAUACCCUCACAAGGAUGAAAACAACGUCUUCCUCUUGGAGAACCAGACCCUCCCCGAUGCGACCGACAAUAGCACUAAAGGCGACCCCAAGGCAUGGGACAACCUCGGACCUAUCUUUAUCGAGGACGGUGCCGUUAUCAAGCUUUACCACGUUACGACCGACCGCCGUCUCCACUCCCACGACGUUCGUGCUCCUGUUACCGAGGCAGACUGGCAGAACGAGGUUUCGGCUUAUGGUUAUGAAGGAUUUGAGGGAGAUGCCAAUGACCUGUUCAGGGUUGAGAUUGUCAAGUCGAUGUCUGAUGGCGCCGAAGCCAAGAAGCGCCUCCGUACCAUCCAGACCAAGUUUAAGCUCGUCCAUCUUAUGACAGGCUGCGUUCUUUUCUCGCACAAGGUCAAACUUCCAGACUGGGGAUUCGAGCAACAGGAAGUCACGUGUGCCCGCCAGGGUACCCUACCCAACAGUAUCUGGUACAUCGAAGGCAACAUUCACCCGCUGCUUACGGAUACGUCCGAGAAGGUCAACUACCGCAACCCUGGAUUCUUUGGUAAAUUUUGGGAGCUUCAAAAGGUCAUGUGGCGUACCAACGCUGGCCUCGUCGAGUCUCAUGCCUGGGAUUCCCGUCCUCCAUCGUGGCCAAUCCUCCGUCGUGGUAUCAACUUCUGGGGUAAACAUAACCGCCAGAUCUAUCUCAUUGGCAACCCUGCCAUUUGGUGGACCUCAACUGCAACCAUCGGUCUCUACAUUGUUAUCAAGGGACUCGCGGCACUCCGCUGGCAGCGUGGCUUCAAGGAUUACGACCAUACCACUUUCAAGCGUUUCGACUACGAAGUCGGAAUGUCUAUCCUUGGCUGGGCAUUCCACUAUUUCCCCUUCUAUCUCAUGGCUCGUCAGUUGUUCUUGCAUCAUUAUCUCCCUGCCCUGUACUUUGCCAUCAUGGCAUUGUGCCAGACAUACGACUUUGUGAGCUACCGAUUCAGCGCGCUUGGCCUGAAGAAGUAUCCCGCAAUCGGCCAGGCAGCAGGUAUUGGAUUUUUGGCUAUCGCCAUCACCGUGUUCACAAUCUACUCGCCCAUUGCGUAUGGCAAUGCAUGGACGAAAGAUGCUUGCAACAGUGUUAAGCUCUUUGGUUCAUGGGACUGGGACUGCAACACUUUCCUCAACUCCUACGAAGCGUAUAACUCUCAAACAAUUGUUCCCGACGUUUCGGCUGUGCCUUCCUCUGCCGCGCCCGCCGUUCCUCAACCUCCCCCUCCUUACGUUGAACAGCACCAGCAACAGCAGCCCCCGCAGCAGCAGCAAGUCGUAAUCCAGCCAGAAGUUGAGCAGAACCAACAGAAGCCGGAGGACCCAAACGUGUCCGAAAAGGCGGGAGUGUCCCCGCCUCCAGAAGAUCUACCCGUGGUUUCAAAGGAAGAAAAGAUCGAGUACCGAGACGAGAACGGCCGAGUCCUAGACGACGAAGAGGUGGCAGCACUCGCCGGAAAAGUAAGCUUCAAGACUCGUUAUGAGACCCGAACUCGCGUGAUUGAUGCGCAAGGAAACGAAAUCUACGAGUCUCUCGUUGACGCCAGAGAGGAGCCAGGUCACGGCGUUGCACCUCCCCAUCCCGAUGCCGAAGGACGCAACCCAGAGACCAAGGACCAGGGUGAGGCCGAGCCCAGUGAAGCUCCCCCGACCGUCGAGGUCGUCGACGACCAGUUGAAGGAGAAGAGCGUGGAGAACCAGCCACCAAAAGAGCCUAAGCCCGCAAGCGAGGCCAACGAGGCGACUAGCCAGUAAUUUCGAAUCCCAAUGCAUGGUCAUUUUAUUGUGGGCGGAUGAGUUUUCUAGACGGCAUGAUGCCAAUGAAAAUAACGAAAAGGAUCUUGUUACCUUUUCCUUCCUUUUUGCAGAAUCUUCUUUUUUCCGAUUUUUCUUAUGUACGAUAGGGAUUCCCUUGCGGCAUACAGGGCUUGUGAACGCGGCGUAGGGACGGAUAGCUGUGUGCAUUGGGGUAUUUGGGUUGACUCUUUACUCUCUAUACAUACUUAUGUUCAGCUUUUCUUCCUCAUCAAUGCACACUCUGAC